UUACUGCACUUUUAGUGGUACACUAAUAAUUGAAGAUUGUUUACAGACUAUAGAUUUAAAAGCUGUUAUUUGCAUUGAUCUGAAUUAGUUUGUUUUACCAGGACAAAUACAGUAGAGAGAGAAAACACACACAAGCUGAACUAUUCUUUGCUUAUAGAGGAAUCUGUCUGUUAGCAUAAUGGGGUCCCAACUGCACAGCAGUGUGAAAAAACAUACCAGAAAGGAUUCUGUUCAAAUGGAUUUCACGGAAGCCUACUCGGACAGGUGCUCUGCGGUUGGGCUUGCAGCGAGAGAAGGCAAUGCCAAGCAAUUGAAGAAGCUUAUCAAGCAGGGUUAUAGUGUUGAUGUCCCUGAUAACAGGGGCUGGAUGGCAAUCCAUGAAGCAGCAUUUCACAACGCAGCUGAAUGUCUGAAGCUCUUAAUUCGUGCAGCACCCUCUGAUAGCUACAUAAGAUCGAAGACAUUUGAGGGCACUUGCCCAUUGCAUCUUUCUGCAGGUCGAGGAAGUUUGGAGUGCGUUGCUAUUCUUCUGGAAUCUGGAGCUGAUCCCAAUGAGCUUACUAAUGAUGCAAGCACACCAUUAUUCUUAGCUGUUCAAAAUGGACACGUUGACGUGAUAAAGCUUCUCCUUCAACAAGGAGCAAAUAUUAAUGGUCCCCACUGUUGGUCUGAAUGGAAUUCUCUGCACCAAGCUGCUUUUCAGAACUACCCAGAGAUACUGAAAUUACUCCUCAACAAAGGAGCCAAAAAAGAAUGUGUGGAUGAUUUUGGGAUCACCCCUUUAUUUGUUGCUGCACAGUAUGGAAAGCUGGAAAGUUUAAGGAUUCUUAUAUCAUACGGAGCAAACGUCAACUGUAAAGCCAAGGAUCGGGCCACUCCGUUAUUUAUCGCUGCACAGGAGGGCAAUGAUGAAUGCACGGAGCUGUUGUUAUCCAGGGGAGCAGAUCCAAACCUGUACUGCAAUGAAGAUGAGUGGCAGCUACCUAUCCACGCUGCAGCAGAAAUGGGGCACAGCAAUAUAUUACGCUUGCUCGUACCAGUUACUGACCGGCUCUGUGGCAGCGCUGAAGGCAAAGUGAGCCCUGUCUACUCGGCAGUCCUAGGCGGUCACGAAGAUUGCUUGGAAUUGUUACUUAAGGAAGGUUACAGCCCGGAUGCCCAGGCUUGUCCAGUCUUUGGCUGCAGAUCACCCAUGCCUUUGGCUUUCCAAAAGGGGUCUGGCUUAAUCCUCAUUCUUUUGAAGUAUGGGAUCACGCUUUCCGAAGCAGAUUUAGGCCUCUGUCUGCAUGAUGGAAGGUUCUCCUUAUUUCAGCAUUUCUUGAAGCGAGGCUGUAAGCUUCCACACAGAGAGCACCAGGCAGAAUUUACGAAGAAUGCAAUUCUUGCAGGAGACAGAUACAAAGAAUGGUUGCCGUCCCUCCUGUUGGCUGGGUUCAAUCCGGUGCAUCUCCUCAAUGAAUCAUGGGUUUCCUCUGUAAGCAGUGACACUCUCAACUUCCUUCUGGAGUUCACCAACUGGAAGAGGCUUCCAUGGGACGUGGAGCAGAUCCUUUCCGACCACAAAGAAACCUCCACGUGGGUGACUCGCAGUCACUUCGAGCACAUCCCUUCCCUGUCUCAUCUUUGCCGCCUGGAGAUCCGGUCACUUUUGACGAGCGAUCGCUUACGGUCAGACCAGUUUAUCCGCCAGCUGCCAUUACCCACUUGCCUGCAGGACGCCUUACUUUACUCAGACGUGUUGAGAAGCUAUGCCAUUUCGGAAUCUCAGCUUAGGCUGGGCAAAGUGCACGAAAAGAAUGCCCCACCACCUCUUUCCAGUUCAGGAAACACGGAGAGGAGAGAAAACACGAGAACUGAAGCAGGCUCCUCAUAGUGCUUUAUGGCUUAAGAACCGUGUUGUGGUGCUCACUGCAAUGAAAGACCCCUCCACUGCUGCCCGUGAUAGGAUAUCCUCUCUUCAGAGAUUCUUUAAACUCUUGCUCAGAGGCGUUCAAGCGCCGUUCUCUCUCAAAGGAGUUCAACAUUCAAAUGGAUGAAAACACUUGCAAAGGCAUAAAUAUUGUCACGGAUCAUUCCAAAUGAAGACCCAUUCCCUGUAAA